ACUGAUUUGGUUCCCUUGUAUUUGCGUCGUGUUAAGCAGGGCUCACUGUGUGCCGGACACAGUAUUCGCUACUUUUAGCAACCGAGAAGGUUCGUCAUUGGGAAUGGCCGGAAAAGCUGCUGCAACUUCGACGACCUACUCGCCGUCUUCGACCACCGAGAAAACCAAGGCUCCUAUUUUCAAUGAAGAUUGGGUCCGACCCGAUGGCCGUGGCUUUCACCAGUGCAGGCCCGCUUUUUUCAGAACUGGUGCUGUGAAUGCUGCCUCUGGAUCUGCUUAUGCAGAGUUUGGGAGUACCAAGGUCAUUGUAUCCGUGUUUGGGCCAAGAGAGAGUAAGAAGGCCAUGAUGUACAGUGACAUAGGGCGUCUAAAUUGCAAUGUAAGCUUUACAACAUUUGCAACUCCAAUUCGUGGCCAGGGAUUGGACAAUAAAGAGUACACUGCGAUGCUUCAUAAAGCUUUGGAGGGUUCAAUAAUGUUGGAAACUUUUCCCAAGACCACCGUGGAUGUUUUUGCAUUGGUACUGGAAUCUGGUGGCAGUGAUCUCCCAGUUGUCAUAUCAUGUGCUAGCCUUGCCCUAGCAGAUGCUGGAGUAAUGAUGUAUGACCUUGUUGCCUCAGUUUCUGUGAGUUGUCUCGGUAAGAACCUUGUUAUUGAUCCUAUUUUGGAGGAGGAAAGCUGUCAAGAUGGAAGCUUAAUGAUAACUUGCAUGCCUUCUCGUUAUGAGAUCACCCAGCUCACUGUCACCGGGGAUUGGUCCACCCCAAAGAUUAACGAGGGAAUGCAGCUAUGCUUAGAUGCUUGUGCAAAGCUUGCAAGGCUCAUGAGGUCAUGUUUGAAAGAAGCUGCUCAAGGUUCUCAAGAAUAGGGUGAGAAUUCUUACUAAUGUCACUAUACAGGCCGCAUGAUAUGCAAUUUUUACUUUUAUUUUUUUCCCCUCCACACCAACAUUGUGAGACAGAGAGAAGGGAUUGGAUGGGGGGGAGUGGUUGUCAAAGGAUUCUUCUAUUGAUGAUAUAUUAUUUGGUUAUUUCAGCAA